AUGUCUACCAAUAAUUUAUCUUCGGUUUUAAAAUCUUGUUCAGAGAGUGAGUUGAUUAAUGAAGUAUCCGAUAACAGUAUGACACAGAAGCAGGUGGAAGGAUCCCGAUUAAAACGUACAUUUACCCUGCCUCGCAAUCCAUUUGGGACUACAAAACCUGGAUCCAGUAAGAAUAAAAGCAAUGAGAGUGAAAACAAGCCAACAAGUGCCAGCUCCACGAUAGUAGAUGCCCCUAAAGACGAGAACGGCAUAGAAAGGAAGUUGUUUAGAAGGCCAUCAUGGAAAAGAUUUUUAAACAAGAUAGCGCAACAUAUGAGCACUGUUCAUGUAUCAGGAGUGAAGUCUGCACCAGCUCUAGUGAACGGGGAGCGAGUUCCUUGCAGUGGGGAUCCUCCAUGGCCACCAGGCUCUACACCGGCUGCUACAGGAAUCAAAAACCAUGGCAACACUUGCUACAUGAAUGCUGUCUUGCAGUGUCUCUCACAUACUGAUGUUAUUGCCGAAUAUUUUGUUUUGGACCAUUACAAAGUUGAUCUACAAAAAAGAAAUAAAAUAAACUCAAAGAAGUAUGGUACCCGAGGUGAAGUGACUGAGCAACUAGCAGCAAUUCUAAAAGCUCUCUGGGCUUGCCAUUACACCCCUGAUAUGAGCACAGCUUUUAAGGGUGCAGUGGAAAGACAUGGUACACAAUAUAGGGGCAAUAGUCAACAUGAUGCACAAGAAUUUUUAUUUUGGCUAUUGGAUAAAGUUCAUGAAGAUUUAAAUACAGCUACUAAGAAAAAAUAUAAAACCAUUAAGAAUACAUGUGGCAAGCCUGAUGAAGUGGUAGCAGCUGAAACAUUAGCCAAUCAUGCCAGGAGAAAUAGUUCAUUUGUACAGGCCGUUUUUCAAGCUCAGUACAGGUCAGCACUGACAUGUGCAAAAUGUGAGCGCACAUCAUGUACAUUUGACCCGUUCCACUGUGUGAGUGUGCAGCUACCUUCACGACUGGCCACGACCCAGCCCUCACCACUGCCUGUCAAUGUUGUAUAUGUGAACCAGCAGCCACGACAAGUGCGUAUUGGUGUAGAACUUACACCAAACAUGACUAUGGAUGACUUGCGAACAACAUUACAUAAUGACACGGGAAUUGAUAGGGAUCAUAUCAUUAUGGCAGAAAUUAACGAAAUGGGUUGGUGUAACGCCCGAGCAGGUUGGGAGGCAGCGGGCAUAGACUUUGGUGCCUUAUACUGUAUGGAAGCACCACCACUCCUGCAGACUCCAACCACUCCUUACCUUCUUAUUUUAUGGGUUAAUUUAUUAGAAGGAGAGAGAUUUGGAUCACCUUACGCUAUGCAAGUGCCUCGUGAGAUUUCAUACGAAGACUUGCAGAAGCUGAUGCUGAAGGAGAUGUGCCAGAUUGUGGCUGAGCGAGUGUUGGAAAACUCACAAGGGCCCGAAAUCUUUCGCGCGAGGAUCGCUGAGGCGCACCGUCCUAGAGAUCCUGCGUAUUUACAACCUGAGCUCCCGCAUCCGCUGUUUUCAUUGGAUGUGGAGCAAGCGUUGUGUGCUCACGACAAACAUCCGCAUCUUAGACUCGAACUUCUCUGGGACGCUGCACAUAGGGACAGCAUCAUCCGCUCGGCGGGCGAGGCGUGCGAGGUGCACGUGUCGGCGGCGGGCCCCGCGCCGGCCGAGCCCGCGCCGCUCACGCUGCACGCCUGCCUCGCGCACUACACGCGCGCAGAGCAUCUCGCGCAGGAAGAUGCCUGGAGAUGUCCUCAGUGUCAGCGGUAUAUGCCUGUGGUGAAGACCCUUGGUCUUUGGUCUCUACCAGAUAUUCUAGUAAUACAUUUAAAACGGUUUCGACAGCAAGCAAAAGGUCGUACGAGCACAAAGUUAACAGCAAUGGUAGAGUUUCCUUUAAAUGAUUUUGAUAUGACGCCACAUCUUGUUAGAAGGAACACACAAAUGGCGGAGUCGCCCGGCCACUCGCGGUCGCCGAGACGAAGGCAUUCUAAGACGCCCGUGAGUAAUCCUCAGGAGAACAUGUACGACCUCUAUGCUAUUUGUUAUCACCACGGAGAUGAUCUUGAGACUGGACACUACACGGCAGCUUGUAAAAACCCGUAUGACGGACAUUGGUACAAAUUCGAUGACUCUAAAGUGACCGCAGUCGAUGACGAAAAUGCUUACAGUGAAUUAGUAAAUAAUACCGCUUAUAUGCUAUUUUAUAAGCGCAAAAAGCCAAUUGUUACGCAUUCAUGUUCCUCUGACGACCACAACGGCCAUUGGGCGUUACGUAUGCCAAAAUACGUGAAACGAACGACCGAAACUGUAAACGAACUAACUGAGGUGAAGGAAGAGAGCGUCAUUGAAGAAGUUAAAGUGGAAGCACCGGCCAACGAGCCGGACUCCGAGUCUGAUAUCACGGCUCUCACGCACAGCCCCUCACUGUCGCGAAGUGUUGCCAGUCUUCCCGACGAUAGCGUCAGCGAGGUGACGUCACCCGUGAAGCACACCGUGUGCGUCACCGUCAUCCACAACAGCGCCGCCCUGCAGUCGCCCGCACUGCAGCGCCCGCUGCUACUCGAAGUCAACGGGAACAACGCCACUGACGACACCAGCGAACACGAAAACGAAACGAGCGUCUCUCUCGAGCCAUACAUUCACAAAGAUGUCCACGUCAACCCUAAGAUGACUCCCGUGGACACUCGCCGGCCGCGCUCUGUGGACUACCCGACUCGGUCCUCCGGCGCCACGCCCACCACCAGAGACACAAAUAGGAACUAUGAGAGUUCUCCGUUAGUUGCUAGUAUAAACGAAGUCGAAUAUCACCCCACCACCGAAGAUUUGAUGUUGUCGAUGUUCCAGGAAUCGAAGUUUAUUGUUCCUAGACACACUAAUCAUGUUACUGGGGAAUCUCAUAGGACAGGAGAGAAGUCUGCUGUUUGGAAAACUCGAAUAUCCACAUGA